UAUUUGGUAAGGACCGUGUGUCUCGCUAAGCCUCAUUGAUACGUCUGUUGAAAAACGUGGUCAUAUCGAACCAGUAUGAUUUCCAAUACUAGGAAAAUAAGAAAUAAGACUUUGGUCGUAAACUUUCUAUUCACCCUCUGUUUUCUGAAUGGAAUCGAAAGCCUGUCGAUCACUAGUCUCUCUGUACCCCAGGUGGUUGAAAAUGGUACUAAAGAGUAUGUCGACCUAGAUUGUGUGUAUAACUUCACAGAAGAAGACGAUCAAUUAGUGGUCAAGUGGUACCACAACGAUGAUCCUAAUCCUAUUUAUCAGUGGAUACCUGAACUUAAUUCUCGACGAGUGUCAGAGAAAUUUCAAGAUCGAGUUGACAUGAAUUUUACUGUUUCUCCGUCUGGUAAAUUCACAAAAUAUCGUGGUCUUCGGAUUCUGAAUCCUACCACAGAAUUUAGCGGCAAGUACUCCUGUCACGUGGUAUCUUUAAAUGGCAUCGAUGACGCAGCUAAAAACAUGAUAGUUUAUGCUCCAGGAAAAAUGACGAAGUUCAACUACACGAAGGCUUCACCGGAAGUAGCAAUUUUCACAUGUGAAGUAGAUCAGAUAUAUCCUCAACCCCAGGUGAACCUGUUUCAGUUGUCACCAGAAGAAAGAAAGCCAAAACCACUUGAAAAUACUCCAACUAAAAUAGAGAUGAAUAACGGAUCGUAUCGUAUACUUGUUACUAGAGAAAUUAAAGACAGUGAACUUCCGUCCGACGGCGCUACAACUUUCGAAUGCGUCAUUUUGAUACCGCAAAUAAACCAUCAAGAACACAGAAGCAUCAAGUAUUUCCCAGGAAAACAAGCAGGCCAAUCUGAAGAAUUAGGGUCGUUAGGAAAUCGUCGAGCAGUGGCAGUCGAUGGUUCACCAGGUGACGCUCCUAGACUAAGCCAAACGUGGAUUUUUCUCCUAGUUUGUUCAGCGUGUCUGUUCAUGAGGAAUUAUUCAUAGCUAAAUGGUGAUAUAAAGGUGCUCUGUCUGCAGCAAAUCACGCCCUGUUCAAACCUCAACGGUGAAGCAAGAAAUAUGCUACUUACCUCCCGCCAUCUAGUAUUAGAGUUUUAAACAAAGAAUUGCAGAGAAUAAUUUAAUAUUCUGUCAACUAACGAAAUGCAUUAUGUUAGAAUAAUAUAUACAUCGUUGACGUGAAAUAUACACCUGCCGAUAUGCAUAUUUUAGACUAAGCUGUUAUCAUAAUUAUGUUUGUUUGUUUGUAUUUUUCUUAUGUAUAUUUAUAUUCAUGUACCUUAUAAGAAAUUAGCCUUCCCUUAUUUACUUAACGAUUUAUGUGAACAGAGCGUUGGUUCAGUUUGACAAAUUAAAGUAUUCAUUGCCUUGAACAUCAACUUUGAAAAGCGAAGAACGCGGAUAAAACGUAAGAAGUAAAAACGGAAGAAACACUAAACACUUUUUCAUUUUAAAACCUUGUAAAAAUGAUGAUAGAAAAAUAACUUUGUAUAUAAUUUUAUUUUGUGUGAGAGUAACUUUAUUUCAAUCUAUUAUUGAAAUUUUAGGCCUCAAGCUAGUCAAGCGAUGAAUUGCGUUUUAGAUUUUGAGCUUGUAGUGGUUAAAUAAUAACAAAACGAGAGUUUACGUUUCAUAACAUUUCAGCACUCUUUCACUGCUUACUAUUUAGAUGGUUACGUAAUCAGGCCACUUUUGUGUGUGUGUGUGUCUGUUGAGUUGACAACUUGUAUUCCUAUUUGGCUAGUAAUUAUUUAAGUCUUCGACGCUGUAACUUAAAUUUUCAAUUUCUCAGCAGACGAGAAUUUUGUCUAUAUUUCGUUUUGUACUUGUUUAAACUAAAACUGACAUAUACUCAAAUAUUCAAUUACGACAACUUAUGCAAUAAAUUUUAAAAAUACAAACAAGAUCAACGUUAAAAAUGCACAAUAAAAGUUUAUUUGGUCGAUGGACAAAACUAAAAAGACUACGUGUUUCAGUAUGUUUACGCUGCCAUCAUCAGGAGUAAAAACCUACGUAACAGGCAGGUAGUUUUAUAAAGAAAAGGUUUAAUUCAUUGUAAUUUAUAAAGGUGGUAUGAGUAUUAUACACAAGAAGUCAAUAUUUAUUUUCAAAAUUGCGCAUUAUCAUCAGCUAAUCAUUCAUCUGUAUUUAACAAAUAAUUAUUUAUUUUACAGCAUAAAAUUUCUAUUGAUUCGAUAAUAUUCAAUUCACUUUGAGUAUUAGAUUCAUUUAAAAUUGUUGUUUCAUGACAUUGUAUUGAAUAAGCUGUUUCAACAAUGUUUGUUACAUACAUAAUUUUAUGAUCAUUAAGACGAUAUUUCAAAUUACGUUUAGUUUGAC